AUGAAGCUCUCUGUCGUCGCUCUUGUCUUUGCCGCCGCCGUGCAGGCUCAAAGCCUCAAAGACAUACCCGCCUGCGCCGUCCCUUGCCUUGAGGCCUCCGUUAAGAAGAAGACUUCCUGCCAGACAACGGACCUGCGUUGUGUCUGCAAGCCCGAAAACUUCUCCAAGAUUCGCGACGACGCGACCAGCUGCGUCAUUACGAGGUGUGGUGCCGAGACAGGCAAAGUAAUCGAGGCUACCCAGAAGCUCUGCAAGUCUGUUGGAGGCAAGUAG